AUGAAUGAGAACGUUCACAUUGUGUUUGUCCUCAACGGUCUGAACGACUCGCUGACCAACCGUCAGAUCUACUUUGGUCUCACACUGACGUCGUACCUCUUCACCAUCUUUGUGAACCUCACCCUCAUCCUCACUGUGUGUCUGGAUAAAACCCUCCACCAGCCGAUGUACGUCUUCAUGUGCAACCUGUGCUUCACUGGGAUCUGCGGAGCGUCCAGCUUCUACCUGAAGCUGCUCAGCGACCUUCUGGCUGACGCUCAUGUCAUCACAUACGCCGGCUGCUUGACUCAGAUGUUCAUCUCUUACACUUAUAUCUUCUGCCAGCUCAACGGUCUGACCAUCAUGGCCUACGACCGCUACCUGGCCAUCUGCCAGCCGCUGCGUUACUGGGCUCUGAUGACUGGCCAGAAGGUGGCGCUGCUGCUGCUGCUCACCUGGUGUCUCUCAUUAGUGGAAACAGCUGUGGGCCUCGCCCUGAUCGCCAUACUGCCUCUCUGCAGCCGCCACAUUGCCAGAAUUUUCUGCACUAGCUGGGAGGUGGUGAAGCUGUCCUGCUCUGACACCUCCGCCAACAAUCUGUACGGCAUCAUGUUAAUGAUCCUGCACUUGGUGCAGGUCAUAGUGAUCCUAGUGUCGUAUGUCCAUCUGGUCCGAUCCGCCACUCGCUCUCAGGAACACCGGAGAAAGUUUGCUCAGACCUGCCUGCCCCACCUCGUCUCUCUGCUCGUCUUCUCCGCCUCACUGCUGUUCGAUGCUCUGUACUCUCGUUAUGGCGGCGGCUCCAUGGCGGCGCUGCAGAACGCACUGGCUGCAGAGUUUCUCGUGGUGCCGCCCAUCGUCAACCCCAUCAUCUAUGGCAUGAACCUGAAGCAGAUCAGGACCAGAAUCAGCCUCUGGAUCAACUUCAGACCACAGAACCUUCACAGAGAUUUCUUAAAAUAA